AUUGCACUUUUAUUAUCGACCUUUUUUGUGUGCAUGCUAGAAAAACAGCUUAAUCUUCUGGGCAGUUUGCAGCAGGAAUCAUGGAAAAAAUCGGGGACUACCUCUUCAAGCAUAAAGGACAUGUGUUCGUCAAUAAUAUGACAACACCCGAAUACAUCGAUUCCCUUCAAACAUUUGAAAUAAGAGACAGUGACAUUUUUUUGGUGACCUAUCCCAAGUCAGGUACAAUAUGGACACAGAACAUCAUAACACUAAUCUGUGAGUCAGACUACAAGGAUAACGACCCAUUUCCAAACAAUUUUGAGAAAAUGCCCUGGCUCGAGUAUCCUGAGGGUCACACUGAAUACAGUUCACGACCGUCUCCACGCCUUUUUGUGUCUCACCUCAAACCAGCACUCAUGCCGCCUGGCCUGAAGGAAAAAAAGCCAAAAAUUGUGUAUGUGAUGAGAAACCCAAAAGACAACGCUGUGUCUUAUUUCCACUUCUGCCACGUGUGGGAAACCCUGGAGACCCCCAAAACUUUUGAAGACUUUCUCCAGCAGUAUUUGGUUGGAAAUGUUGGAGGAUCUUCGUGGUUUGAUCAUAUCCGAGAGUGGUACACACACCGCAGCGAAUAUGAUAUCUUGUUCCUGACAUAUGAGGACAUGCUCAUGGAUUUAAGGUCAGCUGUGGAGAAGAUCUGUAAAUUUCUGGGACGAGAGUUCAGUGAAGCUGAAGUAUCUCGCGUGGUGGAGAAAGCUACCUUCAGGAACAUGAAGAAGGAUCCAAAAGCCAAUUAUGAAUUUGUUCCUUCAGAUCUGCUCCAAAAAGGCACGUUCAUGCGUAAAGGUACUAUCGGAGACUGGAAAAACACCUUCACUGUGGCACAAAAUGAGAUGUUCGACCUCCUUUAUCAGGAAAGGAUGAAAGGUGUUCCUUUCAAGUUCACAUGGGACUAAAAACACUCGGACGUGACCCAGACUGGAUCUCCGUUAGCUCCUGAUGAGACAGGAGCAUCUUAAGCCAGAUCCCUAUGAUUAAUUUAAUAGUCAUUAACAGUAGGCUCCUAUAAUCCGCAUUAAUAAAACAGAUUUACUCAUGAA